AUGAUAAAGGCCUCGUUUACAGGAGCUCCGGUCAAGAUACCCACGCAAUCUAGCUUCAUGCUCGUCCUGAUAGAUGUGGGGCCCACGGCACAAGGAAGUGGCUUUGGCCACGCAGAUCCAAACCCUCAAAAGGGCUGGGCAAAUAUUGCUGUGAGAAGCGGUAUUGGACCAGAUACGUUCAAAUAUCCGUCCUGGUGUCGAAGAAAGGGGCUGAUGCUAUACCUCAUUAAUCAGUAUGACGUCCUAUGGAGGCACAGCCAAGGUGCGUGGAAGGGGAAGGAUCAUCCAUCUACCAUGGCCGUAACCUUGAUACAGCUUGCAUGGAGGCGCAAGAUUGAGGACCCCACGUCUCAGGACAUGGGUACUUCACCUUUAGUCAAACUUGACGGCUCGAAUGAAGUAGUCGCUACUAAUUUAGGGAGUGGCGAAGUGAAUACGGAAGGAAAAAUUACAAAGCACUUACCUUAUGAAAUGAAGCAGUCGUCUCGAUACGAGCCGCUUAGUAAUGAGAGGAUUAGUAUCCUCGAAAAAUAUAACAGCUACAUCAUGCGCCAUCUAGGGGAGGUGGACGAUCGGCUUGACAGCAUCGAAGGUGAUACGGAAGAAAUGGAGAAUAUCACUAGGAGAGUUAAAGCAGAAACUCGCGGUAGCAAGAGGGAGAGAUAUAAAAUAGACCAAGGAGACGAACAGGAAAAGGCUAAAAACCCGAUAAGGAGAUCUAAGAGAAAGAAGACAUGUUUUACUUGA